UCAGGCAGAGAAUGUGAGACCCACUCAGUGCUAACACAACCCAACGCCGGGAAGCAUGAACUGUGUAGCUCUUACAGGGAUUGUGCUUCAGUCGCAGUGGUCCUUUCCACUGUCAAGGGGAGACUGCCUUUUCUGCUUUUUCAUGACUGCAGCCUUCUGAUAUGCUCCCUUUCCCUGGCAAGCCCAUCUAAUCACCUGGAAAGUUCAAACAGGAAUGAUUUGCCAGCAUCAAGCAUGAUAACCGUGGAGUGGGAGUCGGAGGGACUGCAGACGGUGGGGAUUGUAAUGAUUAUCUGUGCCUCUCUCAAGCUGCUGCAUCUCUUGGGCUUAAUCGACUUCUCCGAAGACAACGUGGAAGAUGAAUUGGAGACGGCGACUGUGCGUCAUCGCCCGGAGGCACUUGAACUGCUGGAAGCACAGACCAAGUUUACAAAGAAGGAGCUUCAGAUUUUAUACAGAGGUUUCAAAAACGAAUGCCCCAGUGGGAUUGUUAAUGAAGAGACCUUUAAGGAUAUCUAUGCCCAGUUCUUCCCACAAGGAGACGCAUCAACAUACGCACAUUUUCUGUUUAAUGCAUUCGACACAGACCAUAAUGGAUCUGUAAGUUUUGAGGAUUUUGUAAUCGGUCUAUCUACAUUGCUUCGAGGCACAAUUCAGGAAAAACUCAACUGGGCCUUUAAUUUAUAUGAUAUAAACAAAGAUGGAUACAUAACUAAAGAGGAGAUGUUUGAUAUAAUGAAAUCAAUUUAUGACAUGAUGGGAAAGUGCACAUAUCCUCUUGUCAGGGAGGAAACACCAAGACAACACGUGGAGAAUUUCUUCCAGAAAAUGGACAUUAAUAAGGAUGGAGUGGUAACUAUAGAAGAAUUUAUAGAGAGCUGCCAAAAAGAUGAAAAUAUUAUGUGCUCUAUGCAGCUGUUUGAGAAUGUGAUAUAGCCCGCGUGUCAUCUCGGAAGGAUUUUCAACUUUAUCUAUUUUUUGACGAUAAUUUGAAGCUGUGAUUUCCAUCCUCCCAUAAAUAGACUGUUCAGCUCUAAUACUCAGUUAUAUAUUAUGCAAAACAGCUUUUUUUAUGAUGCCUUCCAUAACUUAGGAUUCAUGAUGUGUAGCAGUUGCAAAUGAUUUUCUAGUGUAUCAUAUUGAAUACUUUUCAUUUUUCUUCUUGGCUUUAAUAAAAGCAGUUCCAUAGUAACA